AUGUCCGUUCUCUUGACCUUCCGGGAUGGUGCCGGCCAAAGCGGAGUCCUCUACAAGUAUAGAGAAGGCGAAGGCCUCGAAAGGGUUAGCAGCGAGCCAGUCGAUGCGUUCUGUGUCAACUCGGUUCGGGGAUGCGUCUAUGCAUUUAGAGAUCAGCAGCUUUUGCGCAUACGCCACAGAGCCCCUCCAUAUAAGGUCGACCAUAUGUGGACAUUAUCGCCGGAUUGGUCGCCACCAGACUAUAUGAUGCGUGGCCAAGUACGACAAAUGGCGAUGGUGCAGAGCUCAAUGAUAGAGGAUCAUUUUAAAGAGAGGGAAGAGACAGCUCCUCCGUUGCUGGCCAUCGUGCGUCAUAGUUCACACAAUCAUACCUCUGAUUCUGAAGUGUUCUAUCUUGCAAGGUUGGAGAUAGUUGACUUGAAUAGAGGCGAAGUAGUGGUAUCGGUUGCAUGGUUGCAAACGCCUUGGUGUCCUAAUCUGGCUUAUGUGGAGCACACGAUAUACUUCCAAGCAUGUGGCCCUGCAAUCGAUAAAGUAGAUGCAUGUCUCGUCUAUGACGCGCCUUUCAGCAAAUGCAAAAAUAUGCGCAAAUUCAGUUGA